AAGAAGGUUUCAUGUCGUAUUUUAGUACUACAACAGACAUAAUAUAAUGACAGCAAUGACUACUUCCACGACAAAACUGUGUUGAUGUAAGCAUAGGGAGAGGGAAUUCGAUGGGUAGACAUGGGUAGUGGUUGAAGAACAAUUCAUCAGAAAUUUAGAAGGAAAAAAAAAUCGAAGCGGACUAGGUAAAUCUUUCUUUGCUUCUUGAAAUCAGAAAUUAUAGACUUGUUCAAAGACUCCAAUUAAUCUAUAAAUAGGCAUGUUCUCAGGCAAAGUUUCUUAUCCCUUCCAAAGCAAUCAAACUUACAAGAUUUUAAGCUAGAAACAACAUUAUCACAAUGAAAGGUGCUCAUUUCCUCCUAGCAAUUUCUCUCUUGGCUCUAGCUUCCUCAUUUGCCUAUGCAUCUGAUCCUAGCCCUCUCCAGGAUUUCUGCGUCGCCAUCAAUGACACCAAGGAUGGUGUGUUUGUUAAUGGGAAGUUCUGCAAGGAUCCAAAGCUUGCCAAAGCAGAAGACUUCUUCUUUUCAGGGCUCAACAUCCCAAGAAACACAUCAAAUCCAGUGGGAUCAACUGUGACUCCAGUCAAUGUUGCCCAGAUACUAGGACUUAACACUCUUGGAGUCUCAUUGGCUCGACUUGACUUUGCACCCGAUGGUGGCCUAAACCCCCCUCACACUCACCCUCGUGCCACGGAAAUUCUAGUCGUUGUGGAGGGCACACUCUACGUUGGCUUUGUUACAUCCAACCCAGAUAAUCGUCUAAUCACCAAGGUGCUAUACCCUGGAGAUGUGUUUGUUUUCCCUGUUGGCCUCAUUCACUUCCAGUUCAAUGUGGGGAAAACCAGUGCCGUUGCCUUUGCUGCUUUUAGCAGCCAGAAUCCUGGUGUCAUUACAAUAGCCAAUGCAGUGUUUGGAUCAAACCCACCCAUUAAUCCUGAUGUUCUUGUCAAGGCCUUCCAAUUGGACAAGAAUGUGGUGAAAAAUCUUCAGUCUAAAUUCUGGUGGCCUAACAAUUAA